GUGGGUGGGAGGUGGGAAGAUAGACACGCCGUUCCGACCACUGAUAACUGAUAUGGAAGUGGGGAGGGCGGAGCUUGUCUUGCCGUCCAGUUAGGGAAGCAGGAUAGCCUUGCGGGGCGGCUGUUUUUGCCGCGAAACGCCCGCGUGUUUUUCUUUGGCCGGAAGUUGUUGCUGUGAUGCUUGUUUUGGUCCCGCUCGUGGCUGCUUCUGCGGGAGCUGCGGCCCCCCUCCGCCCGCUGCCCUCUUCCCGCCUGCCCCAUGGACGCUUCCUUGCUGCUUUCCAGGCCUUCUCCCCCAAGAGGUCCAAGUCUGAGACUUCCUCCCCGACCUCUCCUCCUCUGAGCCCGGCGCAGCUGGAGCGGAUCCGCAGGAACAAAGAGGCGGCGUUGCAGAGACUCGCUGCCCGCGCUAGCAGCGUUGCCCCCGCGGAAAUCGGGCACAGCUGGAGGGUCUCGCUGACUGGCGAGUUCUCCAAACCCUACUUCUCCCAGCUCAUGACCUUUGUUGCUGAGGAACGGAAACGUUACACAGUCUUCCCACCCCCACAUCAAGUUUUCACAUGGACCCAGAUGUGUGAUAUCAAUGAUGUAAAAGUUGUCAUCUUGGGCCAGGAUCCAUAUCAUGGGCCCAAUCAGGCGCAUGGCCUCUGCUUCAGCGUCCAGAGACCAGUGCCACCCCCACCCAGCCUAGAAAAUAUUUACAAAGAGCUUGAGACGGACAUAGAAGGCUUUUCUCAUCCUGGUCAUGGAGACUUGACAGGGUGGGCCAAACAAGGAGUCCUUUUGCUCAAUGCUGUCCUCACAGUCCGAGCGCACCAAGCCAACUCCCACAAGGAGAAGGGGUGGGAGCAGUUCACAGACGCAGUGGUGUCCUGGCUGAACAAAAAUCUGGACGGGCUAGUCUUCAUGCUUUGGGGAGCCUAUGCUCAGAAGAAAGGCAGUGCUAUUGACCGAAAACGUCACCAUGUCUUGCAGACAGUCCACCCUUCGCCCCUCUCUGUGUACAGGGGCUUCUUCGGCUGUAAGCAUUUCUCCAAAACGAAUGAAUUGCUGCGGAAAUCUGGGACGAAGCCCAUUGACUGGAGAGCGCUCUGAAUAGUUGGCACGACCUUGGGAGGCUUCUUAACAUCAAACACCGUUUAAGAGGGUCCAGUUUUAAGAGCUUGGGAAGUUCUAGAGAUUUCAUCUUUGCAUCUGGGAUGGGGUGACCUGAACUGUCUCCUUCAGCUCUCCUCCUCUUGAUUAGUUCCUUGAAGUAAGGACAUCUUAUUUUCAAGAGUAUUUUUUUUUUGAGGUUUGAAGAAGUUGGUAUCUGCAUUUCUAAUUCUAGGUGCAUUUGAGGGCAAAUUACAGUUGACUACAAGGAAUAACGUGACUUCUUGUUCUCCAGUCAGGGACCAAAACUGUUUUGUGCAAAUGUAGCACACUUUUAUUUUUUAUUCUUUAUUACCUGUUUUUCAGGAACACAGAAAUGCGACAUCAUUCCUAACAGCAAAGAAGCUAUUUUUCAUCUUGGCCCUGUUCCCCACCCUCAAAGUUCCCAUCUUCCAGGCUGCCCCUUUUAUAAGGAAUAGGGAAUUACUAUGUUCCAUGAUGCUGAACUUCAGUAAUUGCUCCAGCCCGAAGGGACUGGAUUUCAUUGGCUUUCCCCAGACAUAUUGAGAGGACUGGGGCAAGGGUGGGACAGCAUAGCCAGGGUUCUGUAAGGAGCGGGGGUUCUUUAAUCGUUGUGUAGAAGGGAGAAUGCUAAUGGCUCUCACUUUGGAGUACCAUGACUUUGGGAAAAGCGGUAUUUGCUAAGCAAAUUACCAUUAGGCAGAUGACAAAUGUUUGAGCUGCAGAAGUUUUUCCAGCAUUUGCCAGUUCAUGAAAUCAUGCAUAAAAGGUGUGCUGCUUGGGAAUGGGUCAUCCAUAGACUCCAUCUAUGUGAGAUGACCUGUGCUACCCCACUUGUGAAUGUGAGGAGCACGGUAACAUUUAGUUUAUUAAGAGUUUAUGUGCACCUGGCUGUCCUCAUUGUUAAAGAUGCCGUGCACUCAAUUACUUGAGGAUUUCAUCCCCGGGCUCGUUCCAUCAGAGGCAAUUGUGUUAUUUGUAUUUGGCUGGGGUCCACUAAAGACCUUUUAUCACCUGGAAUACCUGAGACGCAAAGUCAGUUUACAUGUUUUGUAUGCAAAUUGCAUAAGAUCUAUACUGGUAUAUUUUAAAUACCAAAUUAAGAUACAUACAUUGUUCCUGUAACACUAGUGACAAAGUUGGCUUUUUUGAGUCACUAUAAUUCUUCUGAAUAAACAUCUGUUUUGAUACA